CCGCCGCCGCCAUUUUGUGGCUGCCGGCGUCCGCCCGCCGCCGUUUGCGCAGGCGCGGCGGUGGCGUCGCGAGAUUCCGGCUUCCACCCGCUGUGACGCUCCUGGGAGGCGGCGACGCGCGCGCGGCCCAUCACCAUUGGGCUGGCCUUGCGGAGGGCGGGGUCGGCUCCGCCCGCACUUCUCGGCCUUUCCUAACUGCGGCAGAUGGGAGGGGGCCAGAAGAGCCAGGGAGAGAGUGCGGCUGCGCAGUUCCAGAGGCGGCAGUGGGCGUUGCGGUUGCUGCGGUCUGGGCCCAGGGAAGGAUCGUGUUGGGAGCCGAGUUUUAAUUUUGUCUGCAAGGGACCUGGCCUAAUAAGAGGCACUCUUGGCAAUCUUGUUUAUAACAUCACCGGGAAAUACUAGCCGGAUAUCAUGAGUGGCUGUCGAGUAUUCAUCGGGAGGCUAAAUCCCGCGGCCAGGGAGAAGGACGUGGAAAGAUUCUUCAAGGGGUAUGGACGAAUAAGAGAUAUUGAUCUGAAAAGAGGCUUUGGUUUUGUGGAAUUUGAGGAUCCCAGGGAUGCAGAUGAUGCUGUAUAUGAACUUGAUGGAAAAGAACUCUGCAGUGAAAGGGUUACUAUUGAACAUGCUAGGGCUCGAUCUCGAGGUGGAAGAGGUAGAGGACGCUAUUCUGACCGUUUUAGUAGUCGCAGACCUCGAAAUGAUAGACGAAAUGCUCCACCUGUAAGAACAGAAAAUCGGCUUAUAGUUGAAAAUUUAUCUUCAAGAGUCAGCUGGCAGGAUCUCAAAGAUUUCAUGAGACAAGCUGGGGAAGUAACCUUUGCGGAUGCACAUCGACCUAAAUUAAAUGAAGGGGUGGUAGAGUUUGCCUCUUAUGGUGAUUUAAAGAAUGCUAUUGAAAAACUUUCUGGAAAGGAAAUAAAUGGGAGAAAAAUCAAAUUAAUCGAAGGCAGCAAAAGGCACAGUAGGUCACGAAGCAGGUCUCGUUCCCGAACCAGGAGUUCCUCUAGGUCUCGUAGCCGAUCUCGUUCCCGGAGUCGCAAGUCUUACAGCCGGUCCAGGAGCCGGAGCCGGAGCCGGAGCAAGUCCCGUUCUGUUAGUAGGUCUCCUGUGCCUGAAAAGAGCCAGAAACGUGGUUCUUCAAGUAGAUCUAAGUCUCCAGCAUCUGUGGAUCGCCAGAGGUCCAGGUCCCGAUCCCGGUCAAGGUCCAGAUCAGUUGACAGUGGCAAUUAAACUGUAAAUAACUUGCCCUGGGGGCCUUUUUUAAAAACACACACACAAAAAUUCCCAAACCAUACUUGCUAAAAAUUCUGGUAAGUAUGUGCUUUUCUGUGGGGGGGUUGGGGGUGGGAUUUGGAGGGGGGUUGGGUUGGGCUGGAUAUCUUUGUAGAUGUGGACCACCAAGGGGUUGUUGAAAACUAAUUGUAUUAAAUGUCUUUUGAUAAGCCUUCUGCUCACAUUUUUGUGAAUGUCUGAAGUGUAUAGUUUGUGUAUAUUGAGAGAGCUCUUUUAUAACUAAAGCAAAUUUAAUUUUUUUGUACUAGAAAAGAUUUGAACAUUUUAGUUCUUGGUUAUUCAAAUAUGUUAAUUCAGAAUUAGUUUAAUGCCUCAAUUAAACUAAUUAAUAGCUUUGGACACUUAAAAGAGCUCUAAAUUUGCUUGUACAUAAAGGCUUGAGUUUUCCUUGUUAGGGUCAAGGGUGUCCUCCCACCCACCCUUUAACAGCUGCCUGACGACACGUUAAAGCAGCUGUUUGUUAUUGAUAAUAAAAGAUUAUAAAACUG